CCCACUUGUUCCAUAAAUACCAUCCCCUCUGUUGAAUGGAGGUUAUUUUAGAUCGUACAUGUGCCGUAAGGCCUCGAGUCCUGCUUGUCUGGAACUAAGUGACACCACACUUUAGAGGCAGUGAGUUCUUGAAAACACUAAAAAGGACAUGUCUGAACGCACUGAACAGGAAUCAUACACAGACGAGAUCGAUGAGGAUGAGAUUCUGGCAGGCCUCUCGGCGGAGGAGCUCAAACAGCUCCAAAGUGAGAUGGACGACAUCGCUCCUGACGAGAGAGUGCCAGUGGGAUUGAGACAGAAAGACGCUUCUCAUGAGAUGACAGUCCGAGAUUGCACUGAGCCUGAAUCAGAAGAGGAGAUAGAUGAGGAUGAAAUUCUGGCAGGUCUCUCAGCAGAGGAGCUCAAGCAGCUCCAGAGUGAGAUGGAAGAAAUCGCUCCUGACGAGAGAGUGCCGGUGGGAAUGAGACAGAGAGACCAAACUGACAAACCACCCACUGGAUCAUUUGAUCACAGAUCGCUGGUGGAAUAUCUGUACUGGGAGAAAGAGUCCAAACGCAUGCUGGAGGAGGAGAGAGUUCCCACAACUCUAUUACCCAGUCAGAAAACAAAUGAGGAGCCUGAAGCAGAAAAUGAAGACAAAGUUGAAGAGGUGGAACUUGUCUAUGAGGAGAUUGUGGAGGAGGUUGAAGGGGGACAGGGAGAUGCUGUUGUUGAUGAAGUGAUUGAAGAAGUGAUAAUGGAAGUUGAGGAAGAGGACAAAGUAUGUGACAAGCCUGUCAAAACAGAUCUUGAUGCCACCGACCCAACAGUGACCUCAGAAGAUGGUUUACAGCCCCCUUCAGAGUCUGAAGAUGCAAAUGUUGAAGUCCAAUCAGGACUUGAGACAGAAACUAAAGCAAAUGAGGAAAAGAAAGAAGAUUCCACUGAACCUGCUCCCUCAUCUAAACCUGCUCCCUCAUCAUAUGAAAAUUGGGUUCCAGAGAAAGAAGAAAGGGUCAUAUCUAAGCUAAAGAUCCCAAAACUUACUCUAGGUGGCAACACUUUUGUUAAAAAGACUGCAAGGCCUUCUGGGAAUGAAACUAAUUUGGAGUCCACUCUCGAUAAAAUUCGCAACAACAAUGCCUCUGUCACAGACGUCAAUCUCAAUAACAUUGAAAACAUUCCAAAGGAAAUGCUCCUUGAUUACGUUAACUCGCUCAAGAAGAACCGACAUGUUAAGACCUUUAGCAUCGCAAACACUGGCGCAGAUGAAAAUGUAGCAUUCACUCUUGCUAACAUGCUCAAAGAAAACAGAAGUAUCACUACACUAAAUAUCGAAUCUAAUUUUAUCACAGGAAAAGGAAUUGUGGCAAUAAUACGUUGCCUGCAGUUCAAUGAGACUCUAACUGAGCUCCGCUUCCACAAUCAAAGGCACAUGCUAGGACACCAUGCAGAAAUGGAAGUGUCUCGUCUCCUUAAGGCCAACAACACUCUUCUAAAGAUGGGUUACCACUUUGAACUCCCUGGGCCUAGAAUGGUGGUCACCAAUCUCCUCACUAGGAACUUGGAUCGACAACGGCAACAGAGAAUGGAGGAGCAGAAGCUCCAGCAGAUGAAAGAGCAGAGGAAGGUCAUAGAGAUGUACGAGGACUCUCUAAACUUGCCCCCUGGCAUGUUGGAAAUGCUUGGAGGCUACAUACCAUUGUCCCUCAUGCAGGAUUGUCAAAAUGGGGCUGAGGAGAUCCCUGAAGAUUCUCCUGAACCUUCACCACAACCAAGUCCACCUCACCAGCUGCGCAAAACCCAACAUCUUGCUCCACAACAGCAUCCUCUAAGUUCAAGUACAGGAAACCUCUUAGAAGAAGUACAUCUAAAAAAGACUCCAAAACGAAGAGAUCCACUUCUGGAAUGGAACCAAUGUGAUGAGAGGAAAGAGGGAAGACCUAAUGUUCAUCUAAGGAGUAUUCCUAAAAAAAGGAGCACAGCAAGAGAAGGGCCUGUGGAUGAAAGAGCCAACCUGAAAGACAUGAUUAAGACUUUAAAGCCGGUUCCUCGUAGGCGAGAGCCACCAAAGGUGGACCUAACACCCCGGGAUCACCUGCUCAGUGAGAUUCGUCAGAGCAAUGUGGCCUAUCUCAAAGCAGUACCUCUUCCUAAAAUCCUGGAGUCACAGGAAACUAGUCUCUUUUGAGACACACACAUAACUUCAAAUAGAUUGCACAGUGGAACAGGGCCAACGUCAGACAGAUCAUGGAGAGAAUGCGGCUCAUGUGGCCAAACAAUUCCAUGGUGCUCCACAACUAAUGGAGAGAGAAGAGUGUACUCGUAUCAUUUGACCCAGGGGAUUGGGAAAGGAGAGGAAGCUGGUUGAGCUCGCUUGAAAGAGUAAACAGUUACAUAAGAAGAAGCCACAACAUGAUGGGAACUUUAAGGGGGUUCUGAACUGCAAAAUUGGACAUCAUACAUAGGCCCAAUCCCAAUUCUAUUUUUGUACCACUACCCCUUGUAAAUUUUCGUACCCUUUGGUUUCGAGUAUAGUCCUGAAAAAUCUCCGUUUGAAGGGUUAUCUAACCCUUCCCCUUAACCCUACACCUUCAAACACUGCGUUCACACCAGAUGUGGAAAAAGCAUCAAGCACGAGUGAUUUACAUGUUAAGUCAAUGUAAAGGCGCAAAUAGACAUCCUGCGGCGCAAAUGAGGCAGCGCAAAUAAUGCGAUUCGUGCGAAUUAAGCAGCGCGAGUUAAGCGUUUUGCACAUUUUGCACGAAUCGCUCAAGUUGGAAAAAUCUGACAUUCGCGUCACAUUAACCAAUCAGGAGCUUUCUCUUGUAGGGGCAUGAUUAUGACGUAGCGCCUGUUGUUGGUGUCCCAGGUGGAAAUCCUCCUGCUGACACCGACAACAGUUGAUCAAAUUGGGCUCGUCUCAGUCGGAAGCACCGCUGAAAGCCGCCAUCAUCCAGCUUAAGUUUCUGGAGGAAUUUAUGAACUCACAGAGCUGGGUGCACCUCUGAAUGGAUCUAGUGGAUGCAUCUAUGCUGUUUUUCAGCCUUCAUGAAGCACAUAAACACAACUAUUCUCUCAAUAAAAUUCAUGUUAGUCAUUUAGCAAUGAAGCUACAGUCACCAGGCAGACAGAAGCCCUGCCCGUGAUGCAAAUCCUAUUGUGAAGCAGAUUUGAUCCUGGAAUGAAGCGUAUUUGACACACGAAUAAAGCGAGUAAAAAAAUGUUCACUCAUCUAUUUACGCGCGAAUAGCGCGAUUUACCCUCGCGUUCCGCAUCUGGUGUGAACACAGCAUAAGGAGAAUUGGAACACCCCCUACCCCUCAACAUGGAUGCGCAAAACGAGGGGAUGGGGUAAGGGGAAGGGAUUGAAUUGAGAUCAGGCCAUAGUAACCACUUCCUGAAGGGUACGUUUACACGACAACUAAGAACAGAAAACAUUUUAAUGCAUUUUAACCAUUUAUUUGCACAAUAACUGUGUUUUGGGGGUCUGAUAACUUUUUAGGGCAAAAAAUGUUUUGCUGUUGUUGUUUUUUAAGGGCCUUUUAGCAAGUUUUUUUAAAGCCAUUUUUGUCUGCGUAUAAAAGUAGAAAAAAAUGUGAAAAUGUUGAAGUCAUAUAGAUAUGUAUGAGUGAAUGACAAAAAACUGCAAUUGACUACUGGACCAUUAGUGCAGGUGGGUACGGUCAUUACCGGGGGAAGUAGCGGUUGGCUUGUAGUCCAAGAUAAAAUGUGAGGGCUGGUAGAUACAGUGAUACAAAUCAAUGACACAUGUGUAACAUAAAAAUAAAAAUUGCAUGUUUUGUUAUUUGUAUUUAAUUUUUACCAUAUUUUAAUUUUGAUGCACAUCACAUGUCAGGUCAUGUUUUAUUUUCCAGGCCAUUUCACCAAAUUUAAUGCCUGUUGUCCACAAUAUUGGAUUAUUGUCAUCAAACUAAACAGCAGUAAUAAUCUGUUAUGUGUUAUCAUUUGAGAGAUUUUAUUCACAUUAUUGAUAUGUUUGCCAAUAUUUCACAGAUGUAUAGAAUGAUGUUUUUGUAAAGAAAAAAAGAAAAAUAGCAUUUAGUAAUAAACUUUGAAUCUGA